AAUUCAGCCCCAAAAUAAAGUAUAAUGCAUCCCUGAGAGGAUCAAACAUAAAAUACUUCCUUGGCUGCGUUUGAGAUUUGUCGUUCAUGCGCGUGGUUCUUGACGCUGAUGCCCAGCGUCUUGGCGGCGCUUCAGAGAUAUGAAUAUCAUUGACGUGUUUUCGAUCGCAUCCUUCUCUUUCAACACGACAAACCCUUCGAAGUUGCACGCCUGCUCGACUCGAUACUCGCGUUCAGAAAAUGGAUAGCCACGGUAUCGCGCCUGCUCGGAACAGCGGCUCGCAACAACAAUGGAUUGCGAAUGUUACAUCCUGCGAUCGUCCCGCACCCGACCUUGCCAUCCCCGUCCACUGCUCGCUCGUCUACAACGAUGACCAAGAACGAAACCCCUCUGAGGAUUUCGACCUUUUCGGCAGCUGCUGUCCACCGGUUGAAAACAGCACAAACAUCUGGUCGAUACGGCGGGGCUGCGACGCGGAUUGCUGGACGUAUAACGUAGACCUGGGCUUUGCGGACUGCGUAAAUAGGACAGCCGAGGAAGCAAACCACACAAGGGUGGGGGCGAUAUGCGAGUAUGUGGAUUAUGGAAAGUUGGCGCAAGCUGUACAGAGCGGCGCAAGCCCGAGGAAGGGGUCUUUGAAGGUUACAUUGGGCAUCGUGUGUGUGGUUGUGGCUUUCAUCGCGGCCGGCUGAUACCCGACUUU